AUGAUUAUUGAUUCAGAAAUAGUAAAUGGUGUUAUCAACAAUUGCAAUUAUUCAUCGGAUUCAAUUAAACUAACUCCAGUUAAUUCAGUUAAAAAGAAACCAACUUUAGCAUUGACAUUACCCAAAGAUAUAGAAUUACUCAAAAUUAAUGAUUUGGAGUUUUCAACAAAUGGUACUUUAAUUAGAAAGAAGAAAUAUGAAAAGAGUGCCAAUAAUAAUAAUAAUAACAAUAAUAAUAAUAAUAAUCGUCGACUAUUAAAGAUUUUGAAUAAUAAUUUUAUUGAUAAUUUGAGUGAGGAUGCUUCAUCUUUGCAUGAACAAAUUUUAAAACCAACUGAUUCAGUAAUUCCAAAGAUUAAAACUAAUGAAGCUAAAAAAUUUUACCAUAUUGAAUAUUCAUCAUUAAGUGGUACCUUAACUGCUGAACAAGAUAAAGUUAGUUCUUAUCUAACUGAAGUUGAAGAGGAGGAGGAGGAUGAAGAAGUAAAAGAAAAAAAGAAAGAUUUGAAACGAGAUGUAAGUUGGUAUGUUAAAAUCAAAGAGAGAAUAAUCCGAUUAUUAGUGAAAAAUAUUGAACAAGAUAAGAACAAUACAAUCCCAAGCAGAAACAAUACAAGUACUUCUUCUUCAUCAAUCUAUAUUCAUGAAAAUUUAGUUUUAAGUGAUUUACAAAAAUUUAAAUUGAUUGAGCAACAAGGUACAGAAUGCACAUCGCCGAGAAGCAAGAUACCUACACCGUCUGAAGUUUUAAAUUCAAUUGAAAAUAAACAAUUUGAAGUUUUUGCAAAUGAUGAUGAGUUAACGGGGGCUUUAUUGUAUAUUAUAAAUGAAAAAGAUGAAGAUAAAAAACCGCUUAAAAAGAUUUACAAUAGGGAAGCUAAACAAUUCAAUAUAUUGAAAAAACUUCAAUUAAUAGAUGAAGAAAGUUCAAAUGAUGGUGAUGAUGAAUAUAGUGAAAUUGAAACUAAUGUGAUUCAAUUGAAGAAAAAGAAGCAAAAACAAAGAUAUAAGAAUAAAAGAAAGUUGAAUAGAAUGAAUAGUAUUGUUUAUACUGAAAACAUACAUCAAUUAGACAACCGUUUAUAG